CCCAAACCCAUCCUGAAAAUCAUGGACUAACACCCAUCAAUUUGAUGCGAAAAUGGUCGUUGGAGCACCCAAAACUUAACACUAAGAUUAGCUUAACUCCAAACAACAGACAAAAACAUAGAUCACCAAAAGUAAGUCACUGUACUAAUAAAAAAAUCCAUCCUAAAUCUACUCUCCACUUAAUUUUCUGAGCUUACUUCCACUUCCUCCAUAGUUAAGCCAACACCCUUUGUAGAACCAGUUCAAAAAGAUCCAGAUGGGAUCUGUUUCAUUGAAAAUAGGCGAUGGAACUGCAAGAUUCAAGAAAGUAUCCUACUGUUCAUCAGCUCUAAAUCUCCUUAUGCUUUUCUCUGUUGUUACUACUAAUCUUUUUGCUCUAUAUGCAUUUACAUCUUCACCUAAAAACACCCAUCAUCUCCUUAUCCCACAUACUCACAAGAACAUAUCUAUAAUCUCAGAACAAGUUUCUUUAAUUCUAAGAGAAAUUGAUUCUUCACAAAAGAAACUUGCUCAAAUGGAGAAAGAACUUUUAGGGUAUGAAAGCUUUGAUCUUUCUAGUCCAAAAGUUACAAGUGAAGUUAGGACUUUUUUGACACCCCAUUUGUUACCUUUAGGUAAAGAUUCAAGAACUGGGAUAACUGAAAUGGUGGCGUCUGUUGGGCAUUCUUGUGUGAAGUCAUUAGAUUUGUUGGGUCAGUUUAUGAGUUAUAAGGUUAAUGGGAUUUGUCCUGAUGAUUGGAGUCUUGGACAGAAGUUGAUUCUUAGUGGUUGUGAGCCUUUGCCAAGAAGGAGAUGUUUUGGUAAGAUUGUUAAUAAAGAUGGUUUAGUUUCUUUUCCUGAUUCACUUUGGAGUAAUUAUAGUGAUAAGAUUUAUAGUUGGAGUGGUAUUGGUUGUAAGAAUUUAGCUUGUUUGAAUGUUAAGAAGUUGAAUAGGGAUUGUGCUGGUUGUUUUGAUACUGGUGGAGGGUAUGAGAGGUUGAGGUAUGUUAAGGGUAGAGGGAAAAAUGAUUUCUUGAUUGAUGAUGUGUUGGGAAUGUUGGGAAAUGGUGGUGGAGGGGUUAGAAUUGGAUUUGAUAUUGGUGGGGGGAGUGGUACAUUUGCUGCUAGAAUGGCUGAAAGGGGUGUGACUAUAGUUACUGCUACGUUGAAUGUCGAUGCACCAUUUAACGAGUUCAUUGCUGCGAGGGGUGUUUUUCCGUUGUAUUUGAGUUUAGAUAAUCGGUUUCCCUUUCAUGAUAAUGUGUUUGAUUUGGUACAUGUGGGAAAUGCAUUGGAUGUUAGCGGACGUCCUGAGAAGCUAGAGUUUUUAAUGUUUGAUAUCGAUAGAGUUUUGAGGGCUGGAGGAUUGUUUUGGUUGGAUAAUUUCCUUUGCACCAAUGAAGACAAGAAAACUGCGCUAACGAGGUUGAUUGAACGUUUUGGGUACAAGAAGCUUAAAUGGGUUGUUGGUGAGAAGAUCAAUGGAGCUGGAAAGUCUGAGGUUUAUUUGUCUGCUGUUCUACAGAAACCAGUAAGAGUUUGAUAGUAUGAGCUCUUCUCUGUGAUGGGCAACGCAUAUAAAUGGUGACCGUCAUCAUAGGAGAGGGGUUUGGCGUUGUGGCAGGUAUUAUAUGUCUACGAUCUGUACAAUUACUAGUUUAUCCUUACAAUGAACUUGAUAUUGAAAGAACCACUUGAGUUUAAUGCAGAAAUAACAUCGAAUUGAUCUACUUGGCAUUGA